CCAACAUGUAUUGACAUUUGACGUGUACUUGACAUUUCAACAACUACUUCAAGGUCAAGAAGUUAAUAAAUGAAAACGAAAUUUAUUUAUAAGGUUGUGAAUAAUUUUUAAAAUGUAUGACUAACUUGUAUACACCCAAAAAAAUCUGCAAACUUUUAUUUUUUUUCUUAUAAGAUUUAAAAAAAUGGGUACUAUAAAAUAUUUAAUAACCACUCUUGUGCUUGUACUGGCUUUUUCGGAAUGUUCAUGUAUGAACGGUACGAUCCCUUUGAUUUUAAGAGGAGCCUGGUUUUCCUGGGAAUUGGGUAGAAAUACACUUACUGAAUUAGAUGCUACUACCAUGACUAAUAGAGGAUACUGUAUUGAUGUUAAAAACGAAUACCAUGUAAAUUACACUAUGGUUUUUCGAAAAGAUACAUGUUUUAGAUGUGUUAAGCUGCUAGUUAGAACUGUAAACGUUCUAGAAAAAAUAGAAACUCCAUGCCUUAAUAUACCUGAAGAGUUUGCUUCUGUAGAAACGGUUUGUAGGGGUUUAGAUCUCCAUCAGCAGCUUGUUACAUUGUUUUCUGAAAAUUACAUUCCUGUAAAUUGUAGAUCGUCACUUGAAGGUGUAUGGAAUUUUGCUUAUCAAAAUCGUUUUAAAUUUACUGGUGAAUGUAAAAAUCCUGAUGCCCAGAUUCGUUCUUGUCAAACAGCAGGAUCUCAGUUUUUGAUUACAAAUCAGAAGUUUAAUAUUACUUAUAAGAAAUGUGAGGGUAUGACUGGAACAUUUGAUGGAGUUGUUGAAUACAGUUGUCUGGGUGAUUGGUUUGUUGGUAAAAACCACUAUUUUGCUGUGGCAAAUACUAGAGAGUCCAGAAAAGAUGAAAAAUAUAGGUGUUUCUUAAAAAAUAGAGAUGAUGAUUUGUAUAUUGGUGUAUCUAUAACGGCGGAAUGCAACACUUUGAAAACUGUAGAAAAAAGUCCUGAAAGACUGCAUAUCACUCCAGUAAAGUCUGAGAUAGUAGAACCAGGUUGUCGCCUCCCUCAAAAUUUUUCCGGACAAUGGAUCAAUACAGCCAAUAUCGAUGCUGAUAUUUUCAUUAAUGGGACUCAUAUCAUUGAAACUUGGUAUCCAGAUGAAGGUAGGUAUAGAAAAACCAUUUACGUUUGCAGAGAACAAAGAGACACAAGAGUAAUGAUGGCUAGACUGACAGUAGAUGGAUGUCAAAAGGAUUUCAUUUGCUUCGAUUUCGUUCCACAGCAUCACAAUAUAAUUCGUUAUAGAAGAGGUAUCGCCGUAAUCAAGGACGAUUUUAGCACUGUGUGUUCUUGGGUGCAGUUUCAAAACAAGGGAAAAUGGAAGUACGACUUGUAUUUAAAAUCGAAUCCGGUUCCUAUCAAGUGCCCUGUAGCAGGAAAAUUCAAUUUCACACAAAAAGGAGAUGUUCCUUUCGAAACAAGGAUUCUCGGUGGUGUAACUCUAAGUCCACGUCCAAACGUUUAUUGCAAACAAAACAUUUCCGACUUUUCUGUCUGUGAUACGGAACAAAAAGAGGUAGCCAUUGAUGAGAAUUAUUGUUUGUCUGUUGACCAUUUGGGUAGACCAGUCGAUAUUUACAGUGAUCCUGAUUACAGGAUGAAAUGUAUCGGUUUCUGGAAAGAAAACCUUAAAUCCUACCUAAUAACAUAUGACGAGCUGGAUCCGUUUUCCAAAUACCGUUGUUGGGUAUACCAAAGAGCCGAUUUGAACAAAAUUUUGAUGUCUCAAGCUAUUGGACCUUUCUGUGAUUUGAAUCAAGACGUUUACUCUUGGAACUACACCCAGGGAGCCUCAGUUGCUAUUGAAAUGCAGGAAUAUGAAAGAGAACGUGAUCAAUGCCCUAUGAACUUCGAUGACGGCACGAAUCCCUGGUUGCAUACAGAAAAUGAAAUCCAAAUUUUCGACUUUGGAUAUUUCCGAAGCAACUCGAAUUUAAUCAAAUUUAACACUUUCUCACUAUCAUUUUCUAUAACUUUCAUCAUUUUUAAAUGGUUAGCAUAUUAAAAAAUAUAGUCGGAACAUGUUUAUAAAAAAUUACCUUAAAAAUAGAUAUUUAUCGUCAAAAAAGCAGUAAUUUAUGCAUGAUCAAUUCUGCCUAUUAAAAUACUCAUUUUUUUUAAAGUAUAUUAUAAUUAUUUUUAUAUAUAUAUUUUUUUUAAUUAAUAUGAGAUUGGUUAUAAACAUGUUCUUUUUAUAAAAUAAUAAAAAAAUAGGGGAACUGAUUAGUAAUAGUUAUAAAUGUGCCUGCCAAAAUUUGGUAUAUCUAAAAUUAGGUAUCGAAAAAUAUUUUUGUCACAAUUUUUAUACAGGUACAGAUUGUUAGUAAAUCUUACCAAAUAUUUUGCUACUGAGGAUAGGAUUUAGAUUAAUCAGAUACAUUUUAUGUUGAUCCACUUUUUAGGUAUCAAUUUUGUAUUGAAUUAAGUUUUUAAAAAUUGAUAUAUAAUGAUUUUUACUUAAAUUUAAUGCGAUAUUUUAAAUGUUGAUAAAAAUUGAUUUCAGAUUUUUGUAUGGAGGAAAAGAAUCUUAUUAUAUUUUAUAUGGUGACCGUAUGAAUAUGGACACAAAAUGCUAUAACGAAUAUACAGGCGAUUUCAUAUUUUGAAUCUUCUUUAAUUCUAAACAUCUUAUUUAACUAAAACUUUUGAGUAUUUUGAAAAGUAAGAGUCCUUUAGUCUUUUUAGCCUCCCUUGUAAAUAAACGAGUUAUUUUAAUUUUGAAAAUUGCACUUUGAUUUUAGAAUCAUGUAGGAACUUUUAUAAAGAAUAGAUUUUUAUGAUAAAGUCCAUAUGUAAUGCUGGUCAUUUAUUUUUUUUAAACGUUCCAGGUUAACAUUUAUAGCAAGUGAACAUUAUAAACGACUUUUAAUCUGAUCUGCAUUUUAUCAAUUUCUGAUUUGUAAUCUAUUGUACUGUAUUCUCCAAUAUUGUAUGUUUUAUAAUUUUUAUUCUUUAUUAAUUCCAUGACUAUGUUGUAUCUGAUUUUAAUUAUAAUAAUAUAUUUUUAAUCCACAUUAAUGGCAAUUUGGUUUUAUAACAUUUUUAAAUAAAUUAUAUUGUAACUGAUUAUUGUAAAAAUCAAUUUAAUUUAAUAAGACUAAUUUAAUUGCCGUCCAUUUUAUAUUAUAAGGGCA